AUGCCGUCGUCGUCGUCGUCGUCGUCGUCGUCGUCGCUCGCCGCGAUGAUCCUCGCGCUGUUCCUCCUCCUCGCGCCGGCGUCCUCCGCGAGCGCGUCCGCGGCGUCGCCGGACCCGCUCCUCCUCCCGCAAGCCAACGCCGCGGACCUCGUCGCCGGGCGAGCGGACCGCGUCGUCGCGGCCGCGUUCGUCGGCGACGACGCCCCCGGCGCGAUGCUCGUCCGCGGGGUCCCGGGCUACGCCGCCGCGCGCGUCGAAGCGCUGCGCGUCCUCGCGCGCUGCGCGACCGCGGACGACGCGCCGAUGCGCCGCGCCGCGGGCUGGGACGAGACGCACGGCGGCCGCGGCGCGUUCACGCGCGCGACGGUCGCGGCGCGAUCGAGCGCGCGGCUGCCGAGCGCGCUGGACGCGCGAUGCGGCGACGCGACGAUCGACGCGUUGGAGUCGCUGAGACGCGCCGCGGACGCGGCGGCGGCGGCGGCGCUCCCGAGACUGGACGCGGUGCUCGGGUACGACACCGGCGGGUUCUUCCGCGCGGCCGUGGACUCGGAGUCGUCGUUGGACCACUUCCACGUGUUCACGGCGAACGACCGGAGCGCCCCCGACGCCGGCGACGAAGAAGAAGCGUCGUUUUUUUCGGCGGCGGCGGCGGCGGCGGCGGCGACCGAGGAAGACGCCUCCGCCGCGGAUCCGCCGCCCCCUGAGGAUCCGAGCGCGCCGCCCGGACUCAGGGGGAAAGGCGAGCACACGGACGUGGGGAUCGCGAUCGUGAUGACCCCCGCGCUGAUGGUCUCUCCUGAACUCGAACUCGAAAGCGAGAGCGAGAGCGACGCGAGAGGCGCCCGCGGGUUGAAAAUCGGCGGUCGCUCGCCCGAGCUCCCCCCCGACGCGAUCGUCGUCAUGCUCGGCGAGGCUGCGCGCGCGUGGCUGCCGUUGCCGCCGCCGGGGGGCGAGGACGCGUCGUCGCCGUCGAAUUCGCCGCUCGCCGUGCCGACGCACGAGAUGUCUCUAGACGGCGGCGCCGCGUCUUCGCCCGGGACGUCGCGCGCGUGGUUCGGGCGGAUGAUCCUCCCGCCCCCGGACGCGAAGCACCCGACGGCGACGAGCGGCGACGGCGCGCCGCUGACGUUCGGGGAGUGGCACGAGAACGCCGCGGAAGCCUUCGGCGGCGGCGGCGGCGACGACGACGACGACGACGGGAGAGGCGUCUUGGCCGCCGCCGCGUGCGCGCCGCUUCCCCACCACGACGACGGCGCGCUGACGUCCAUCACGCGCCGCAGAAGACUCCAGGACGACAGCGGGUGCGCGGCCGGCAAGGUGUACUGCUGGUUGACGUGCGUCGACGAGCCCGCGGGCGGGUGCGCGUCCCCGGAGGUGGCCAAGUGCGUCAGCGGCGCCGGCCUCGUGUGGCCGGACCAGACCGGGGAGGGCCACUGCUACGACUGCAAGACCCAGUGCGUCGCCUCGGACUACGGGAAGGGGAACGACGGGGGUGGGUCCGGGGAGAUCUGCAACUCCAAGAUCGCGGGCACGUCCAUGUACAUGGACGGCUUUCUCGGGUGGGGGAAUGAGGACGGCCCGUGCGUCAUCUUUCUCGAGAAAAAUCUCAAGCUGUCCACCGUCGGCGAGCUCUUCGCAGCCUUCUUCGUCACGAUCGCGAUCGGCGUCGCCGUGGAGGCGCUCGCGGCGGCGCGGCGCAAGCGCCAGAAGACCGCGAAGAGCGCUCUCGAGAGGGCGAAAGCGAAAGCGGAACGCUGGGGAGAGAGCGGCGACGCCGCGGCGCGACGCGCGGCGGCGUCCGUCAAGGCGCAGUCGCUCGCGAUGUACGCGGUUCAAGUCACGUGCGGAUACCUCCUCAUGUUGAUCAGCAUGACGUACCACGCGGUGCUGUUCGCGGGCGUCGUCCUCGGCCUCAUCUUGGGCCACGCGCUGUUUAACCUGAGCGUCCCGGUCGGGGCCGCGACCGGCGGCGCGAGCGCGUGCUGCGCGCACGUCGGGACCGUCCCCGGCGGCAGCGACGGCGGCGACGGCGCCGCCGAGGACGCGCCGAGCGAACGCGGCAGCGACGGCGGCGGCAGCGACGGCUGCGGCGACGCGAUGACUCGGCCGAUGAUGCGCGGUUUCCCGGGGAGCGCGGAGUAUCCCACGAGCGUGGUGGACAUCACGCCCGUCGUCGCGUCCGCGUCGCCCGCGGUCGCGUCGCUGCCGCCGCUUCCGGGUCCACGGCGCUCGCCGAAGAACCCCUUUCGAUGA